AUGGCGUGUAUAAAGAAGACUUCAUGGUUUUGUGUGGUAUGUUUUGUUGUGUUUUUACAAGUAGUAUCGUCUUAUUGGUGCGAAGACUUUUCUACUACGUGCUCUUCUCUGUCAAAGCAUUGCUGUAGAAAAAACAACGUUUGUCAGCACGAUUGCAUUGGUGAGCCUUGUGACAGCUCUAGCGACUGCGCACCAGGUGAAUAUUGCUGUGAUCGUGGUUAAAGUCUUAGUGGCAAAUGUGCUAGAUCUUGUGUUGGAAAAUCAUGUAAAAAGAAUGAUCAGUGUGGAUCAGGUGAAUAUUGUUGUUCUAAUGGAACAUGUGCUUCCAAUUGUAUUGGAGAAUUUUGUUCUUCCGAUGGCGACUGCACAAAGAAUGAAUCAUGUUGUGGCCGUUAUCAAAGUCGUUACAAUGGCACGUGUGCUAGAUCUUGUAUUGGUGAUUCGUGUAAAUAUGAUUACCACUGCGGAACAGGUGAAUAUUGUUGUAACAAUAAAUGUGCCUUGAAUUGUAUUGGAGAAUCUUGUUCCUUACGUAGCGACUGUGCAUCAGGUCAAUCCUGUUGCGAUGGUAAAUGUUGUAUUAGACAAAAACGGUGUAUACACGUAGAUAACGAUUGUAAUUCUACUGGGCGUGGAGGUAAAUGUUGUUAUGGUUCUUCCUAUAAGGAAUGUAAAGAUUGCGUUAAUCUUAAAAGGAUUAUUGCAGUGGUCAUAUAUGUGAUUAUUGGUUUUGUCGUCAUGACAUUUGCAAUUCCCAUAUUUGUGUUUUGCAAGGCCAGGUUGACAGCAACCUGGAGACGUGUCUUUCAUGAACGAGAAACACAACUUGCCACAGCAACCUGGGGACGUGUCUUUCAUGAACGAGAAACACAACUUGCCACCACAAGAAAUACAAUCCGUGAAAGUCGAGAAACACGACUUUCAGCUAUAAUAAAUAGAGUCGUUGAAAGUGAAGAACAAGACGAAGGAGAAGAAGAAGAGCAACAACAACCACCCCAAGAACAGCCAUUGCAUUUCCGAAACCUUGGACCCUUCCCCAAUCAACCCCCACCAUACACUAAUCAACCCCCACCUCCAUACCCCAAUGAACCCCCACCCGAUCAACCUCCACCAGCAUACUCAUCGCUCCCCUUACCACCGUGUCAACCUCGAGGCAGAAUCUCCCCACCCCCAUACCACAGCCAAAAUAUUUCACCAGGAUCAAGUGAUCCUCCAAUGGAAACGACACCACACGUUAUAUUCACAGACAGGGACAUGUACAGUAGUGCUUCACUCUUCUAG